AUACGAGCUUCUGUCGGUGUAUGCCAGGAACAAUCUGGACGCGGAUCUGCUGUCUGCACUGGGCGAGAGACACCCCGAGUUGGACUUCUGGAAAGACCCGGCGCCACAAAGAAACAGCACCGUGUUGGUGCCCCCACAUGUCCUGCAGGACUUCAAGAACACCCUCGCCGAACAAGAUAUGAAUUUGGUGCUUAUGUCGGAUGACGUUCAAAGCAUCGUUGACGCCGGAUAUGAGCGCACACCCGACCACAUUGUGGAGGCCAAGCGCCAGACUACCGGUAAUAUCAUCGACCAUCAGAACUACCACACCUACAGCAAGAUCAGAGACUUCUUGAACCAGAUCGCAGCCAGGUAUCCCAACAACGUGCGAAUCAGCAACCUCAACUACUUGACACACGAAAGCCGCCCGGUUGUCGUUCUCAGGCUGACAGGCACUGCUGCCACCAACAAACCCGUCAUCAUUAUAGAAGCUGGGAUCCACGCCAGAGAGUGGAUCUCACCGGCUGCAAAUCUGUGGUUCAUCGAGAAGAUUCUGAGAGACUAUGCGGCGGGAGAAGCCACAGCCAGGUCCCUGCUGGACAAGUACGACUGGUACGUGGUCCCUGUCACCAACCCUGAUGGCUAUGAGUACACCCACAGCACGAACCGCCUGUGGAGAAAGAACAGACGUUACAUCCGCUCCACCUGCUACGGUGUGGAUCUGAACAGAAACUUCGACGUUGCUUUCGGCACCACCGGUGUCUCCACAAGCUGCACCAGUGACAUCUACCCAGGCACUGCUGGAUUCUCUGAGCCGGAGACGGCCAACAUCCGAGAUCUCUUUAACAGUCUGUCCAGCCAGGUGGUCGCCUACGUCUCUGUCCACUCUUACUCUCAGUACGUUCUGGUUCCUUGGGGAUACACCAACUACGUGUCCAGACCACCCAACCAGGUUGAGUUGGACCGCGUUACCAAGCUAAUGACAACUGCAAUCUCCAAUAGACAUGGACAGACUUACCUACACGGAACCGCCUGGCAACUGCUCAACUAUGCAGCUUCUGGGUCGUCUCCUGAUUGGGCCCUGGUAAGAAAGCCUGGGUUGUAUACUGUGACCUAUGAACUUCGACCUGCAGCUAGUAACAGCAACGGAUUCGUUCUUCCAGCCUCACAGAUUGUCGCUACCGGCGAGGAAUACUACGCCAGUUUGAUUGUUCUUGCAAACCAAAUUAGGACGUAA